CGGCCGCAGCACCGCGCAGGCGCAGAUUAAAACACUAGGGGCAGGCAACAAUAAACAGCUCAAGGCUGGCUGUGGCAGCGCGAGCGCGAUGGAGAAGUGGCGUUGCGGUCGCUGAAGGACCGGGUGACACGGCGGGAGCUUUUUAUUUUUUUUGUAUCGUGUGUGCUUAUAUAUAAAAAAAAAAGUGUGUCGGUUAGCGCUUCAGUAUCUCUCUCUCUCUCUCUCGAGCGGCGAUGGGAGACAGUGCGCAGGAUGUGAACGCGAAUCCGCUGAAAGGGGAUCCCCGUCACGAUGGAGACCAGGAGCUGGAGCAGGCUCUUUACCGGUGGCUGUUGUGGGACCAGAAUCCUAAGACUAAAGCUGAGAUUGAGAAGUUGCUGCAAGAUGGGAAGAAGAAGGAACUGCGUGAUCGCCUGUGCUGCAGAAUGAAGUUUGGUACAGCAGGGCUGCGUUCUGCUAUGGGUGCAGGUUUCUCUUGCAUUAACGACCUGACAGUCAUACAGUCCACUCAGGGUUUAUUUAAGUAUCUUGAGAAGUGCUUCACAGACCUAAAGCAGCGGGGUGUUGUGAUUGGAUAUGAUACUCGAGGUCAAGUGACUAGCAGCUGUAGUAGCAAGAGACUUGCUCGGUUGACUGCUGCUGUCUUCCUUGGAAAGGAUAUACCUGUGUAUCUGUUUUCUACAUAUGUACCAACACCAUUUGUGUCAUAUGCUGUUAAGCAGCUUCGUGUUGCAGCUGGUGUGAUGAUUACCGCAUCACAUAAUCCAAAACAAGACAAUGGUUAUAAGGUUUAUUGGGAAAAUGGAGCUCAGAUUGGCUCUCCUCAUGAUAAAAAAAUCUUAGCGAGUAUUGAAGAAAGCUUGGAACCCUGGCAGGAGUCAUGGAAUGAGAACUUGCCUGAUAUUAGCCCUUUGCGGCAGGACCCUCUGAAUGAAAUCUGUGCACUCUACACAGAGGAUCUGAAAAAGUUGUGCUUCCACAGAGAACUUAACAGAAAGACAUCGCUCAAGUUCGUGCACACUUCCUUUCAUGGUGUUGGGCACGAGUAUGUGCAGUCAGCUUUCAAGGCAUUUGACUUUGCUCCACCCAUUCCAGUUCCAGAACAGCAGGAUCCAGAUCCAGAGUUUUCAACUGUCAAAAGUCCAAAUCCGGAGGAGGGUGAAUGUGUGCUGAUUCUUGCAAUCGAGUUGGCCAAGAAAGAAGGUGCUCGAGUUGUAUUAGCCACAGAUCCUGAUGCAGACAGACUGGCUGUUGCAGAACAACAAGAGGAUGGCUGUUGGAAGGUGUUCUCUGGCAAUGAGCUAGGAGCUCUCCUGGGGUGGUGGAUGUUCAAGUGUUGGAAAGACAGACAUCCAGAUCCAGCUGACGUGAAGAAUGUGUAUAUGCUGGCUACCACAGUCUCCUCUAAAAUCCUCCAAGCACUUGCAAUUCACGAGGGUUUUCACUUUGAGGAAACUUUGCCAGGGUUUAAGUGGAUUGGAAACCGAAUUGAUGAGCUCCUCCAGAGUGGGAAAGAAGUGCUCUUUUCAUUUGAAGAAUCUAUUGGGUUUCUGUGCGGUACACUGAUGCUUGAUAAGGAUGGAGUGAGCGCUGCUGUAAUAGUGGCAGAAAUAGCAGCAUACCUAGAAACAAGAAGCCUCACCAUAACUGAUCAAUUGAAUAGCAUUUACAGAACGUAUGGCUACCACAUCUCAAAGACUUCCUACUUUAAAUGCUCUGACCCUGUUACAAUUAAGAGAAUAUUUGAUCGACUUCGAAACUAUGGAAAAGAAAAUCAAUAUCCAAAUCUUUGCGGAUCAUUUGAAAUUUUGCACAUAAGAGAUGUAACCACCGGAUAUGACAGCAGUCAGCCGAACAAGAAGUUGGUGCUGCCUAUAAGCAGAAGCAGCCAAAUGAUCACCUUCACCUUCCUGAAUGGGUGUGUGGCCACUCUUCGGGUCAGUGGCACAGAGCCAAAGAUCAAAUACUAUGCCGAGUUCUGUGCACCAGCGGGCCAGAGUGACAGAGCCUACCUGGCUGAAGAGCUCAACAAACUGAUUGAUGCAGUGGUCAAGAAUUUCCUCGAGCCGGAGAAGAAUGGCCUGAUUAAUCGCAUUUAAAUUGAGUCUGCAGUAACAAGUGUGUGUUUGUGGUGUGUGUGUGUCUGUUGUUGGAGUGAGAAAGCGAGGAGCAAAUACCACCAGAUCUGUUUGCACUAAAGAGCUGGAAGAGAAGGUUAAAAGGGUUAUACAAAACUGACAUGCUUCUUGUGUGACAACUUUACAAUUCAGUGACUUAAAAGCCCUGUUAUGUUCCUGGAAAACAGCCAACUUCAACCUGGAGAAGCUGUCUGUCUUGCUGGCCAGGAAGUUUUUGUAAUUUUAUGUCUCUGCUUUCUGUUACUUGGUGUUGUGUGUUCAUUCACUGGAUGUAGCUGCUAUUGUUUAAUAGAAACUUCACAAAGUAAUCAAGUCCCACUAAAUGGCCUGAGAGUAGGUUAAUGCAAUCAAUGUUUGCAUCGUGGAGGCUCUGUUGAAGCAGAGACAAUUGCAAAUGCCAGGAACAGCCCCAAUUUGCAGCAUAGAUUGAGGGAGAGCUCUAAAUGUGCAGAUUAACCCAGUUCUAUUAUAAGUAAUGAAAGUCACUCCAUGAUGUGACACUGUGUUCAUAUGCAGGGAAAGAAAUCAGUUAAAGUUUGGAACCCUUCUUUCCUUCAGUAUUUCUUUGAUCCUUUUGUGAAUUUGCACAAACAUUUUAUCCUGUGAACUAUAGAGGUAUUUGUGUUAGAAAUAUUUCUACCUUUCUGUAUGCAAUUUAUUGUAAGACUUUUUUUGUUGACUUCCUCCAUGCCAGACUCAGCAAAAGUGAUCCUUCCUGCCUGCCUUAUGGGGAGCUAUGUGGCCCAUAUUUAGUUGCUCCCAACAACCAUGUCCCAGCCACAGAGCAUUGUUGCCUCUUCAACUUGUCAGCCAUACUUUUGAUUGUUUAAAAACAAAUUUCACAGUGAGGUGACUACCCGUUGAUGAGGACAGAGGCCUGCCUGCCCUUUGCCCUGUCCAAUAUCAAAUUGUGACUUUCAGUUUAAACAAGACUGUGCCCAUCUUCCAUUUGCGCCUGAGUGUGUAAUUGUCUAACACAUACACAACUGACUGUCUCGCUUGUGGGCAUAACCUUUCGUACAGUCCAUGAUAGUGUAACAGACUUCAUCCAGUCGGUCUUCAAAUAUCACUUUUAAUGGGUGGUCUCCCUGGCACUAGCUGGAUGGUUGCUUUAUGUAAAUAUGUGGCCCUGUAAACAGAAGUGUUGACUCUGAACUAUUGUUUGUAGACAGCUGUUUUUUGUACUUUUUAUCCUGCUGUAAAAUUGCACGCAAGUGCAAAUGUCUGUAUGAGCAAGUGCACGUAUCCAUGAGUUGAGUGCGUACUUGUGUCCUUGCAUCUGGGUGGCUGAGUGUAUGUGAAUGCAUGUGGCCAAGUUUGUGUGAAUCCAUGAAACCGGAGUGUGUUUGUGUGUAUUCAUGAAACUGGAGUGUGUAUAAUACAUCUAUUGUUUUAUUUUUUGCAAACAUCGAUAGCUGCUGCCAAGGAUGUUUGAGUGGAGUGUGGGUGAGAUUCUAGUCCCAUAUCAUGUUCAUACCUAUGUCCACUAGCACGUUUUAGGCAGAAGUUUUAACCAAAGGCUUAAGAGAACACACUUAGAAUAUUUAUUUUAUUUAACUCUUUGCAUAGGUGUGCAUUUAGAUGAACCAAAACUCUUAUUUUGCAUUUGAAAGUAUUUUAUUUUGCACUCUGCUAAAUGGAGAUUUCAUUCUUCAAGAUGUUAAUUUUAUAAACUGCAAUCACCUUUAUUUAAAAAGUGAAUUGCAUAGCUCCACUGUGACAUAUGUGACUGAGACAUACAGCCCAGAAGGUCCAAGUUUGGUUCCUACACUGCUGAGAGAGCUAAUCCCAAGUGGGAUAGCAAAAGGGAUGGUAAAAAUGAUCUCCCUCCCUGAGUUAGGGAGGGGAAGAUUAUCCUGCUUCUGAUCUCGUGUCUCCUAACAGAAAUGAGUGUGCAGACAUUGGGCAAGUACAGGAUCAGGCUCAACUGUGAUGUACCUCAAGGCUAUUCUCCUACUGACAUUGGUUGCCUUGGCACGAAUAAAGAAUGACACAUGGAUGAGGUUUCAGCAAGUGCAUAGCAUCAUUGAACCUGUCCAUAGUAAAAGCCAGCAUUUUAGGUGAGGGGAAAAAUUGGAAAGAGCAGGAGAGUGGGCUUAAUUGGAUAGCUCUUACAAAGAACUGGGAGAAUGGGCUGAAUGGUCGUCUCCUGCACUGUAUGAUUCCAUGAAAAGGGAGAGGGAGGAAGAAACUUAACCAUGCACUUCUUCAACCAGAGUCUUCUCUGGUUGGUGAAUUCAAAUUGUGCCCAGUCUAAAAGCAAACACUUUCAAUUAGUUGUAAAAUAGUUAGUACUUUGAAUGGUUUUUUUUCUUUAAUUCCAACUUCAAACUUCUUUCCCUAAAAAAAAUGGGGAAUUCGACUUGGUUCAUUGUUAUACCUACAAUUUCUCCCUGCGCACUGUUGCUCACAGAUAUAUGAACACAUGACUGUUUCCAAAAUGCUGCAGUGAAGUUAUGCGAGAGGAUAAAGGGGUUAAGCUGCCACCAUACCGUGUAGUGUUUUGUAUAUGACUUUUUUUAAAUAAAAAGCUUUAACAGUA